AUGAAAAAUAAUGAAAAUUUUGAAUCAAAUGAUAUUUUAGAAUCUUUUCAAUUUUCAAAUCACGAAAAUCUUGAAAUUGAAUUAAUAGUUAAUUUAUCGAAUACAAAUUUUGGUGAACAAAGUAAUAUUAAAAAAAUAUCAAAAAUAUCUCAUACAAUUAUAACUCAGAGAAGUGGUAAUAUGGAUUUUGAACCUUCAACUAUCAUAGAAAGUGAAUUCCGGAUAAUGUUCUUAUCUAUUACCGAAAUGAGCAGCAAUAAAUCAAUGGUUGCGGAGAAUGAUGAAAACAAACUAAAUAUCAUUGAUAGGAAUUGCCGUCAGAAAGAUUCAUGUUGA